GAGGGAGAGAGAUUGAUUUACUGUUUGGUUUAUAAUACUUUAUAAUACAUGGGAGAAGGUAAGGUAAGAUACUGGAUUAUCUUUUCGAGGUUGAGAAACACUAUAGUGAAGUAAACUUUGGCAUCCUUAAGUAUGAACAAAUAUUGGCCAUGACCCUUUGAGUAUCAGGCAGAUGGUUCCUACUCAUUUGUUCACAGAUACUUCUGGAGACACUCCUCAUUAGGAAGCAUAGUGUGUGAUGCUGUAAGGUGGAAAUGAAUGGCAGGAUCAUCAUCUGGGGGCCUUUGUUACCUCGAUGAGCCCUGCUAUGAGUAGAACAUGGAAGAUUUGACCCUCACCAAUAGGUUCUUCGAAUACUUUAUUCAGUUGUGCUGUUGUUUGUGUCCCCCCAAAAUGACAGAAGAGGCUGGUGGUGUAGGUGGUGAUUAUAAAUAUAUGCUGUACCCUGUGAUGAACAUUUGGACACUGACCUAGUAAUGAGCACAUGCAGUUAAAAUGAAUCACCUGCUUGAAUCCCAGUAGUAGCGCAGCUGCAGACUUCCUCCUCUUUUCACUUCGUGUGCUUCAGAGCCUCCUCACACCAGUGCUUUGUGUCUUCUGUCUCCUGCACAGUAUCUGCAGAUGAAAUGGCCUCUCCUUGGUCUCCCUUCUACAGCCACACUCAAGGACACCAUCCCCAGCACACUUGAUAAGCCUGUUUCUCCUUAAAGCACCAAAGGGACACACUCUCACUCACUUUGUCCCAUGUCACUGCCUCCCCUCCACCUUUCAUAAGCUGACGGGCGUCUGGUGUUGCCUCAGGUGUGGUAGCAUAGUGAGAAGAGCUGAGCAGUCAGGGGGGUAGCAAUUAGGUAGUUACCCAUGCACUUCCCCACCUCAUCCACUUCAACACCCUUGCAGAUACCACCUAGGUAUCUCAGUGUCGUUCUCCAGGUGUAUUGUGAGAUACCGCUAUGACCCACAGUGCUGGCUUUUUUUUUAACCUUGACCCCCUUUACCAAUUUGAAUCUUUUUGUGGUUCUGUCAAUUUUUGCUUUACAAAAUAUGAACUGAAAUGAUCAGUUCCUGGUAAUUUGAAACUUUUGUCAUUAUGGUGUCCUUCUGUAUGUCAAGCAAUGGUUUUCUUCUUUAAGUUCACUUGGUCAAAUAUUAAUGUCAAAUUAAUAAUUAUUAUAUUAUAGAAAUAAUUUGAGGCUUAGGAUGAUGAAACCGUUGUGUAGAAAGGAUUUUCAUUUGCUUCUGCAAGGGAAAGAUACUAACAAUUUGUUCAUCUUCAUGCAAUUUCAGUAUGAGGUGAUCUGACGUUUGGCAUCAGUCCCUGCCAGAAGAGGCCCUGGUCCCUUUGGCUCUUGUUCCAAUGGUGAAGUCUUAGGGGAUUACCAGAAAAGCUCCAUAGCAGGCAAUGGAUUUAUGCCUCUUAGCCCAUAGAACGUGUCUAAAGUGCUACUCAGCUUCUCGGCCUUUCAAUGAAUAGAGUCUACACUCUUGCUUCCAAGGCCGGCAUAGUAGAAUAGCAAGACAUUUUGCCCGAGAGGUCAGCGAUUCCAGGAAGUUCUGAACACCAGGAGCUCAGAGCAAUUGGGCACUUCCGCAUCAGGGGGCGCGGCUUUGCCCGCUGUUCACUCGGACAUUUGGAACAGUGUAGGACAGGCAGUGAUUCAGGUCCGCUAUUCUCGACCCAUUCAGACUUCCCCGAAACGCACCUGGGCCCAACAACAGCCGGCCUUUCGUUUGGGGAGAAAGGAGGAGGCUAAAAGCGAAGCCCUGACUUCCCAACAAAGCACUGCGUGGAGGAGGAGGAGGAGGCGGUGACAGUCUCACUCUGUCUUCCUAGGACUCUGCAUUUCCCCAGAAGGAAAAAGAAAAUGAGCAUGUUUAAGGAGGUGGUGACAUUCAAGGAUGUGGCUGUGGCCUUCACGGAGGAGGAACUGGGACUGCUGGACUCCACCCAGAGGAAGUUGUACCAGGAAGUGAUGGUAGAAAACUUCAGGAACCUGGUCUCAGUGGGAAAGAACAAUCAAAGUGAAUUGAGUACUGUUCAAGACAGAGGAUCACAUGAAGAGCUUUCCUGCUGGCAAAUCUGGCAACAGAUUUCAAAUGACUUAACCAAAUGUCAACAUUCUGGAAUAAAUUGUUCUCAGUUCCACAAACAAGGUGAUUCCCCCUGCCAGGUUGGGGUAGGACUGUCUAUUCAAAUUUCUGAAAAUGAGAACUUUAUACUCGAUCAUAAAGUCAGUGGUCCCAAUGGUACUAGAAACCCAGAGUUUCCAACUUUGAGAGCCCAAGAUUCUUGCAGGAAAACUUCCUUGAUUGAGUCACAGAAUUAUCAGAAUGGAUAUCAGCAAAUUUCCAUGAGAAAUAAAUUAUGUUGGUGCAAACAGGAUGUUGAUACCAUCAGUUGCAUUUCACAUCACCUCGAUGAUCCUGGAGUACACAAAGGUAAAAAAUCUUAUAGCCACAAUGAUUAUGAGAAAGACAGCAAUAAAAUCCCAACACUGGAUCAGAAUAGCAUGAUUCACACAGGACAAAAACCUUACCAGUGUAAUGCAAGUAAAAAAAACUUAAGUGAUCUCUCCACUUUUGAUCUUCACCAGCAAGGACACUCAAAAGAGAAGUCUCACACAUGUAGUGAGUGUGGAAAAGGCUUCAGUUAUAGCUCAGAUCUUCAUACUCAUCAGAGAGAUCACAUGGGAGAAAAACACUGUAAGUGUGAUGAGUGUGGUAAGGAAUCCAGUCAGAGCUCACAUCUGCAAACUCAUCAGAAAGUCCACACUGUAAAGAAACCAUUCAAAUGUGAGGAAUGUGGAAAAGGCUUCAGUCGUAGGUCAGCACUUACUGUUCAUUGCAAAGUCCACACGGGAGAAAAACCUUACAACUGUGAGGAAUGUGGGAGGGCCUUCAGUCAGGCCUCUCAUCUUCAGGACCAUCAGAGAGUCCAUACUGGGGAGAAACCAUUCAAAUGUGGUGCAUGUGGUAAGAGCUUCAGUCGGAAUUCACAUCUUCAGUCCCAUCAGAGAGUCCAUACAGGAGAGAAGCCAUACAAAUGUGAGGAGUGUGGGAAGGGCUUCAUUUGUAGCUCAAAUCUGUACAUUCAUCAGAGGGUUCACACAGGAGAAAAACCCUACAAAUGUGAGGAAUGUGGUAAAGGCUUUAGUCGGCCUUCAAGUCUUCAGGCCCAUCAGGGAGUCCACACUGGAGAGAAAUCAUACAUAUGUAAUGUGUGUGGUAAAGGCUUUACUCUGAGUUCAAAUCUCCAAGCACACCAGAGAGUCCACACAGGAGAAAAACCAUACAGAUGUGAUGAGUGUGGGAAAAGCUUCAGGAGGAACUCUCAUUAUCAAGUUCAUCUGGUAGUCCACACAGGAGAGAAACCCUAUAAAUGUGAGGUGUGUGGAAAAGGCUUCAGUCAGAGUUCCUAUCUUCAAAUCCAUCAGAAGGCCCACAGCAUAGAGAAACCUUACAAGUGUGAGGAAUGUGGGCAGGGUUUCAACCAGAGUUCACGACUUCAGGUUCACCAGCUGAUCCAUACUGGUGAGAAACCAUACAAAUGUGAAGAAUGUGGGAAAGGAUUCAGUCGUAGAGCAGAUCUUAAAAUUCAUUGCAGAAUCCACACAGGAGAGAAACCAUAUAAUUGUGAGGAGUGUGGGAAAGUCUUCAGACAAGCCUCAAAUCUUCUGGCCCAUCAGAGAGUCCACAGUGGAGAAAAACCAUUCAAAUGUGAAGAGUGUGGGAAGAGCUUCGGUCGGAGUUCACACCUUCAAGCCCAUCAAAAAGUCCACACUGGAGAAAAGCCAUAUAAAUGUGAGGAGUGUGGGAAGGGGUUCAAGUGGAGCUUGAAUCUUGACAUGCAUCAGAGGGUCCACACAGGAGAGAAACCAUACAAGUGUGGGGAGUGUGGGAAGCACUUCAGUCAGGCCUCAAGUCUUCAACUUCAUCAGAGUGUCCACACUGGGGAGAAGCCAUACAAAUGUGAUGUGUGUGGUAAGGUCUUCAGUCGGUCUUCACAACUACAGUCUCAUCAGAGAGUUCACACAGGGGAGAAACCUUACAAGUGUGAGAUAUGUGGUAAGAGCUUCAGUUGGCGGUCAAACCUUACAAUUCAUCACAGAAUCCAUGCUGGUGAGAAAUCCAAUAAAAGUGAUAGAGGUGGUAAGAACAUUAGAGAGUCCACUCAGGAAAAAAUCUCUAUAAAAUGAUUUUUUUUAAGUGUCAUGUGAAUUCUUCCAAUCAGUAAGUUCAAAAGGAAAAGUAUAUAUAUAUAUAUAUAUAUAUCAUUGAAGUCAGUGUUUCAGCCAUAGCUCAGCAUAUCCCAGUAGUCAGGAGGCUACACAGCAUAGAACCCUUCUAUGUGGUAUAAUAAUGGCUUCAGUUUGUCUCUUGGCCUUUAUUAAAUAUUACUCAGGGAAGAGGCUUUUAGCAAGUAUGAAUUUUAUCAGGCCUUGUACAAAAGUAUGAUAGAAAUGCCAAAAUCAGUGCUCAUUAAAAUGUAAGUUCCAUAAAUGCAGACACUUGUUCUGAAUCUAUAUGGUCUUAAUAUUGCCAGGUACUUUGUAGAUGUUCAUAACUUGUUAAUAAGUUAGGAAAAUGUAUAUUUGAGAAUUGUUGAGAUCUCCAGAAUUUCAGAAAAGUGUAUUCAGAACGGGAAACCUAAAUGUGGCCUUAAUAAAAUUAAUUCAGAAAGAGAUGAAAUGUUAGAAGACCACUCAUCACUGUAAUGUGUUUAAUCAGUUUGGCAUUGUCCUAUUGUGAUGAACUCCUGCCCCACAUCCAGCUUCUCAUCAAGUUGGGUCUUAUCAUCUUGGACUUUGUCUAAUGUUUUUUAUUGAUACUAUACAGUAUAGAUCUAAAUGGAUUAUUAAUCUUGCAGUAAUUAGACAUACUACACUUUUUUCCAAGGAUGUCAAGGCAGGAGUUUGUGUCAGAGUUCCUAAUGACAAACAUUUCUUAGUAAAUAUUGAAUUGAUUAUUGGUUUCUUAUUCUCCACGUUUCCAUCCAGGCUUCAAUGUGAUUGCCUUUAAUGUUUUUAGGAAUACGUUCAUCAAAAUUUCUUAGCUAUGAGAGCUAUUUGGAGUAUAUUACUUUUGUCAAAUUCUCUACCCCAUUUCUCCUUGCUCUCUGCCCAGCCUGAUGAAAAGGAAAAAAGUGUUUGUUGGGCUUUGAUUAUCUUAUCAAAUACAUUCAUUUUGGGGCCUGAUUUUCAUACUUUUUACUAGCAGUGGUUGAAAAUUUGGUUUUCAGAGUGGUCAGUAUAUAUCAAAAUAUAGAAUAUGAAUCCCUUUGAAUUGGAAAUCACAGAAUACAAAUUUAUGACUAGGAAGUUCACAUAGAAAACGUGUACAUCGAUGAUGUUACUAAAUUUUGGAAAAAAAUAUCAGUAGGGAUUUAAGCAUGUUUUUAUAUACUUAUGCAGUAAUGGAUUAAAAUGGUGGCUAAUAUUUAUAACUGAAGAAUUUAACAGUUUAAUGUAGUUUAGGUACAUCACAUACCUUAAUCAAAUAUGUGUCUCUGAGUGUUAAUGCAUUUGAUGAUGUGUUAAGGGAUAUUCACCCUUAAUGUAAACAGUAGCAAGACAGAUUUUCGGAUUUUUUUCCACAUUUAACUUCGAUAUUUUUUUAUUUUCAUUGCAUCCAUUUUGCAGUAAAAUAGUUAUUUUAGGUAAUAAAACUAUAUAAUUUGAAAAAUUACUAAUAUAUUAUUCCUUUAUAGUAAGAAAUCCUGUUAUCAUGUGGUAUAUACAGCCAAAUUAAGGAAUAGAACACUGAAAAUCAGUUAUUUAAAAAAAUUCUGUGGUUAUUCAAAGAUAGAGAUACGUUAGUGAGUGUAUAAAUUUCUAAGUAAUGCGUUUUAAGUUUAGGCAUGAAUCUGUGCAGCACAGAAAACUCCAGUGUAAUUCCAGUAGAAAUGUAUAUUUCCUACUUCUUGUCGGACUCCCCUACUGGGGGAAUGGAUGGCCCAGGGUACUUGCUUGUCCUUUCAAGGUUUGGUCUGACUGGGGAAGUGGCUGGGUCUUUCCAGACACUAUGGCACAGAGAACCUUAAGCAAUGAGAAAAGAAGAAAUUAUGAAAAAAUGGUUUCAAAGCAGCAGUGAGUGAGCAAAUCCUGAAGAUAGUGGAAAUAUGUUUUGGAGGUAAAAUUUAACAAAGAGUCCCUAUGUAAAAGAUGUACAUAGGGACAGAACCUAGCAUGAUGGGAAAUAAAGAUUUUUAGGGAGCAGGUUUGUAUACUAUUUCCUGCUUAGCCAUUUAGCUGAUGUUUAACACCGUGGUUAAAGGGCAUUGCACAACAAAGGAUGUAUGUGAUGUGAAAAGCAGGUUCUAAAAUUGAUUUUUUGGACCACACUACAUGCUGAGUGUAUGAAGUCCAUGCUACCUCAAAUGGCAUUAGAUAUGAUAAAUACUGGGCUUCCCAUGUUUUGUUUUGUAGAUACUGGUGUAGCCCUUCCACUCUCAAGGUGAUGUAGUUUAGUGGGUUAAGUCAAGUGUUGGCAAACUACCUCUUGGCCAAAUCUGGCCUACUACCUUUAAAGUUUUAUUGGAACAUAGAAAUGCCCAUUCAUUUAUGUUAUCAUCUGUGGCUGCUUUCUAAUUGCAAUGACAAAGUGUAGUAGUUCUGAGAAACACUAUGGCCACAAAACCUAAAAUACUUUCGGGUCCUUCAGGAAGUCUAUUGACCUCUGUGUUAAACCAAAAAGAUUUCUUUCCCACAAUUGUAAAGACCACAAGUAGAGCAGAACUUAGAUCUGGUUUCAUCAGGAUUCCAGAAUUGUUCCCUUUUGAUUCGCAUCUGCUUUUCUGAUUGACCUUGUUCAUUAGAUUGGCGCAACUAGGGACUCUGUUUCUUUCUCCACAGCCAGUGAAAGAGAGCUGCUCUUUUAUUGUAAUGUUGGGUAGUUCACUACUUACUCUCGGUGUGCAUGGCUGCUCUGACCCUGACUCUGAGCCACAUUAAAGGUUAAACCUCUA